AUGCUGAAGCUGCUCAAGCACCCCAUCAUGCUUCCAGGCGCUGGCGCACGUGCGUUGGACUGUCCAAACGGCGCGGCCCCAGCUGUGCAGACGAGAUGCCUCGAACGCAUGAUGAAUUGGGUCGCGGCAGUCGUGCAGGCGCUCCGGGCGGAGUUCCCCAGCUUCGAGGCGAUCCAGGCGUGGGGCGUCUUCAAUGUCGCGCAGCAUGACAGGGGCACGGGCGCGCGCGCCGAGAACUCAGCCAACGCCCAGCGCCACAGGCAGAUGGAGCGCUUGAUCGAAGCCUUCAAGGCGGAGGCGACCUCGGACGAGCUGGUGGGGGAGAUGGAGUCCGUGCGUCAUUUGGUGGCGCGCGUGGCCGCGGAGAAUUCGAUGUGCGGGGUCGAGCAGUCCUUCGGGGAGGGCUGCAACCGCCCCGUCGCCUCCCUGGGCAACGGCGCUUGUUGCGACCGCAUGGAGAUACUCGAGCUCGGGAAGGGCGACAUACCUCAGGCGCUGCGCCGAGCUGCGGGCAUCUGGAGCGACACCGGCAGUGGAAACAGGCAGCAGCGAAGCGAUGUUGGCGGGCAGCAUUUGCGUGCCCGGAACGAGGGCUGCGAGGGCUGCUGGCGGCAGGGCGGCAGCUCGACGCAGCGGCGAGCCCAGGAGCUCGAGCAGGGGAAAGACCGAAGUGAGAAGCAGUGCGUGGUGCGCGCCGCCAAACGGCGUCGAGCAGCCGCUGGGUUGAUCACCGAUUGCAAGAUCUAUGCCGUCGCGGCCAAGGCCCGCGAGUCCACCUUCAUUCAGUCCACCGCUGCGGGGUCAUUGGUUUUCGUGGUCAAGGAGGCAGGCACCGGUCCAGUAGUUGUUUACAAGGCAGCGCUGUCAUCGCAGAGGCUAGUCUACAUGACCGACGCCUUCCUGGAUUAA